UGCAAAGAUCCACUGUUCUGCCAAAGAAAAACUGGAAGGAAGUAGAAUGUUUUGGUAUUUGAGAAGAGAAGGUGAGAAACCCACCUGCAUUAAGCGCUGUUUGGAUGAUAAAAAUGUAAGUAAAUUUACUUGCAAACACAAGACACGCAGCUCGACACUGGAAAUCAGCAAUAUCCAAAAGACUGACUCUGGCAUUUACUACUGUGCAUAUCUAGACAGCAGCUACCUGCUUUUUGGGACUGGAUCCGCGCUGAUUGUUGGAGACAGUUAUACCAGCAGCAGCUGGGUGAUGCUUCUGGUCCCAUUUCCACAUGACAAUCAAGUCACUGGGACAGCGAAUCUGGCCUGUGUGAUCCAUGGAGUGUCCGGCCCAGUCCACGUUUCCUGGAGUGUUUCCGGGGAGCUGCAGGAACAGGGGCUGACACGCUCACUGAAAGCAAAGGAUGGAUCUUUAACGCUCAUAAAUCACAUCAGCGUCCCCAUGGACACCUGGACCAGUGGGAAGAAUUUCACCUGUGAAGUCAAAUUCAACUCUUCUGGCAGCAGUGUGAAGAAAAGUACCAGGUAUCCUGCAACUUCCUCCACAGCCCAUCCCAGCGGGUGUGUGCGGCAGACGGUGCGCUAUGCAGUGGCCAUUUUCCUGGUGGUGUUGAUGGUGUCCCUGAGCCUGGCCUGGAGUCACUGCUGUUCUAACCCAGGGUCAAACCGCUUAUGCCCAACUGGAGUUUGAUUCAAGGAAUCACAACCAGAGCAGCGAGCAGCGACCAGUGAAAGGGAAAAGGGGGAAAUCGUAGCCCACACGGGAUCCAAGCCUGGACACUCACAGCUGUUUCAUUGCCGACCCCAAUGACAGGACCAUCCUGUAAAGUGCUGACUUUCUGUAAAAGCUGUUGGUUGAUUUUUACUGCUUCUUACUGCUCUUCCCUGCUGCUCCAGGUGGCUCAGUUCCAAAAUGUAACUGAAAAUUAACCCACUCGUCCAUCUAGCCUAU